AUGGCGAGUGUAGAAAAUAAUGGAAAGUCAAAUGGUGGACAACAUGGUGAUUUGGUUGAAGCUGAUGAUACGCAAAAAGAUGAUACUAAUAUUGAAAAAGAGAAUGGGCAUGAACCUCCUAAAGCUCUAAGAGAAGAUGAAGACUUCAAUAAGAUAUAUCAUACUAUUUCAGCAGGAUCCAAUGAUGAGAGUGUAGAUCCCAAAAGCAAAACACUUCCAAUACCAUUCAAAAGAAAGAAGUCUGUGUUUGGACCAGAGUCACCAAAAAUCAUUUCAAAUCCAUUAACAUAUUUCAACAAAUUUAGUGAUAGGGAUGAACAAAGAUACGUAGACGAAGAACAAGAACUGCGUGACCGAAUGCCAUUCCACAGAUCGCAAUCCAUGUCAAGCGGUUUACAAAUUCCUGAUAUACAUAUUGAUGGUAACCAAAUACCAGUUCAUCCACAUAGUCAAUCAUUUGCCAAUUUUAUGCCAACCAUGUUUAGUCGUUCAGGUCAGCACGAUACCACUCUUCAAGACGAUGAUUUUCACCAUACAGAAGACUUAGGUAAGCAACAAACUUUAAAGAAAAUGAUUGCCAGGAUAAAUUUUAAGAUGGGUGGUGGUCGUAAGAAGCAAAGUAUAACUGCUUUUAAUAUUGUGAAAGAGCCUCUGGACCAAGACAAACAAACUGGUGAACGAGCUCAAAAGUUGGUAGGAAAUCUUGCAGUAGGAAUAACAGCAAUAAACUUAUUGGCUUCAUGUUUACUAGAAGAUGAACAUGGGAUAGCUCGUGCUCCACUUGUCUUGAAUCUCAUAGGGUUGAAUAUCGUUGAUAUAUCGCCAAAUACCAAUACUAGAAUCAGAAGAUUUAGAAUUGAGCUUGAAUACGGUGUUGGAGAAAGUAGACAAAAAUGGUUCGUAGAUAAGAAUGCCAGGGAUUUAUUAUAUUUGCAUUCUAGAUUUAAGUUUGAGAGAUGGAAAAAUGAAGUUGUAAGGAAUAAAAAUACCAACUUACCUAAAUGUCCAAUUCCACCAUUACGUACUAAAGAAAACGCCAAAUCUAGAGCUAAAAGUAUCGCAAAAGCUGCCGAAGAAACUAAAACUGUUAAUGAACAAGCCAAUGCUGAAGAUGAAGAGGAGCACUCUUUUAGAAAUCAAUUAUCGAGAUUGAGGCUGCAUCUUAGUAGUAUUUCCUCAUUAGAAGAGUCAUCACCAGAGCAACUUAGACAGAAAGCUCAAAAAAAUCAAGAAUAUAUUCGAGAAGUUCAUAAAUAUUUGACUCGUUUAAUUGCUUUAGUUGAUCUUAACCCACAAUCAAAUAGAUUAUUUCACUUUUUCGAAUUGUCUCCAAUAUCUUCUUUAUUAAGUUAUGAAACAGGGUUUCAAGGAAAGCAAGGUAUUGUUCAUGUAACAGGAACUGCUAGAUCACAGGGAUGGAGAGUGGGGCAUUUCAGAGCUAAUGAUUUGAAAGGUAUGAUUGAUAGAAGAGCUGAAAAAUGGUUCCUAAUCAGAAAUACGUACGUUAUGUAUGUGUCUGAUAUAAAUUCCACCAUUCCGUUAGAAGUCUUUCUAGUUGAUUCAGAUUUUAAAGUUAUAUACAAUAGAGAUUAUGAGCUUCAAUUCCCAAAAGAAGAUGAUGAGUCUGACUUAGAUGAUUCAUCUGUCACCCAGAAGAAAAUAGCGGACACUGAAGGACAACAGGCCUCUCAUAAUCUUUUUAACCAUUUUCAAAUAACUUUAGAAAAUUCAGAAAGAAAGUUACUGAUAACCCCAAAAUCUUUCAAGGAACAUAAAUUAUGGGUGGAAUCACUAGUUGCGAUGAAAAAUUCAACAAUUUGGUCACAACCACAUAACAGAUUUGAUUCAUUUGCUCCAGUAAGAGAGAAUUGCUUUGCUCAAUGGUUCAUAGAUGCCAGAGAUUAUUUCUGGUCUAUAUCAGCUGCUUUAGAGUUGGCCAAGGAUACUAUUUUUAUUCAUGAUUGGUGGUUGACUCCAGAAAUGUAUCUAAGAAGACCAGCAAAUGGUAAUCAACAAUGGAGACUUGAUAGAAUCUUGCAAAGAAAAGCACAACAAGGAGUGAAAAUCUUUGUUAUUGUUUAUCGUAAUGUUGGAUCUACAGUUGCUACAGAUUCUUUAUACACAAAACAUUCCAUAUUAUCACUUAACGAAGAGAAUAUUCAUGUCAUUAGAUCACCAAAUCAAUUGUUACAAAAUACAUACUUUUGGGCUCAUCAUGAAAAGAUAUGUGUGAUAGAUCUGACUGUUGCCUAUGUUGGUGGUAUAGACAUGUGUUAUGGUAGAUAUGAUACUCCAGACCAUGUUCUAGUUGAUGAUUCCAAUCUCAAUUUUGAUAGUUUUGUUGCUGAAGACAGGGUGACAACUGAUGAAUUUAUCAAAUUUCAAACCUUUACAGGAAAAGAUUAUUCUAAUCCAAGAGUGAAGGAUUUCUCAUCGCUUGAAAGACCAUAUGAGACCAUGUAUGACAGAAAUACCACCCCAAGAAUGCCAUGGCAUGAUGUUCACAUGGUCACGGCUGGGCAAGUUGCAGUAGACUUGGGACGUCAUUUUGUUCAACGUUGGAAUUAUUUAUUAAGACAGAAGCGUCCGAGCAGAUUUACACCAUUACUUACGCCUCCUUCAGAUAUGAGUGACGAAUAUGCUAAAGAGUUAGGUUUAAAUGGCACUUGUGAAAUUCAAAUAGUAAGAUCUGCGGGAAGUUGGUCUUUGGGCUUAAAAGAUCAUGAACAAAGUGUUCAAAAUGCCUACUUGAAGUUGAUUGAAACGUCGGAGCAUUUCGUGUAUAUAGAAAAUCAAUUCUUUGUUACAUCCACUAUAGUUGAUGGAACUGAAAUUCAGAAUCGUAUAGGUGAUGCUUUAGUGGACAGAAUUAUAAGAGCACACUCUGAAAAGAAGGCUUGGAGAGCAGUCAUUAUUAUUCCGUUAAUGCCAGGUUUCGAAUCGCAGGUUGACGAGCCUGAUGGAUCAUCUGUUAGAGUAAUCAUGCAAUGUCAAUAUAGAUCCAUUUCUAGAGGGAGAUAUUCAAUUUUUGGAAAGCUUCAAGCACUUAAUAUCAAUCCUGAUGAUUAUAUUCAAUUCUUUUCCUUAAGAAAGUGGGGUCAAAUUGGUCCUGAUCGUAACCUUGUCACAGAGCAAUUAUAUAUACAUGCCAAGAUUAUGAUAGUCGAUGAUAAGUAUGCCAUCAUUGGUAGUGCUAAUAUCAAUGAAAGAUCUAUGAGGGGUGUUAGAGAUUCUGAAGUAGCAGCAGUUGUGAAAGAUACUGAAAUGAUUACAACUACCAUGAAUGGUGAACCUUACAAGGCAGGAAAGUUCGCACAUACCAUGAGAAUGAGGUUAAUGAGAGAACAUCUUGGUAUUAACGUUGAUAUACUUGAGAUUGUCGAGAGAAGAUUUAAGAGAUUUGAAGAAAUUGCCAAUACCCGUGAAGGUAUAAAGGCUUCAACUAGUAAUUUUAGGAAUAUUGAAAAUUUAGUAUUGUCAGCUAUGGUAGAACUUUCUUCGAGAGAUAUAUUGAAUGAACAACAUGGUACCCAAAGAUGGAAAAAUUUCCAAAAGCAUAGAGAUAUGGAUGCAAUUGCUGAGGAAAUUCCUAUGGGCGAAGAUAUAGAAGCAGAUGAUAAACUGGCUCCGGAACCAAUGAACUUGCCAAUCUCAUUUAAUAAUAGAACAGGGUCACACGAAGCUAAUAGUGGUAUAAGAGACAAAAAGAAACAUUCAUACGAUGUAAGAGUACAACAUAGUGAUAUUCAUAAAAAAGAUGUCUAUGGUGAAGGUUUAGAUAAAUAUAGAAGUAAAUUAGCUAAGAAGGCCAGGCAAAGUUGUGCAAGGUUUUUGAAAGAAUUAGCUCAUAUCUCUAUGGAGGAGAAUCCUACAGAAUCCUUUUUACCGGAUUUAGAUUCCGUUAAAGAAUUUUUGGAAAGCGAUGAUCAUGAUAUGUUUGACGAAAUGGAUGAGGCAUCUGAGGAGAUUAUAAACGAAAGAAAUAAAGAGAGAUGGAUGCUUUUAAAGAGAAUAUCUUAUUUACAAAGAAUAUCAGCAAAGUCCAAACGUGAACAAGAGGAAGAGCUGAAAAAGAGGGUCCAAGCUGGUCUCAGCCCUACAAUUAUAAAAACAUCAAAGAAGGAAAAUUCGCCAAAACGCCAGAGUCCAGAAACUGUUACUGCAGAAGACAUUAUGGAGACAAAUUUAACACCACAAGCAUCGCCUCCUUUAGACGUGCCUGAUACGAGUAAAUCUGCUGAGCCUCCAUUAUCUGAUGUUAGUGGUGGAGAUGUUCCUAUUGUUAGUCUUUCUGAAUCAGAGGUACAAGAUCUUUUAGAUACUAUUAAUACGGACAGAAAAGUUGAGAAAUUUAUUGAUCCUUAUGGAUUUGAAGAUCCAAUUAAGUCCGAGUUUUAUGCUGAUUUAUGGUUUGAAAAUGCUAGAAGAAAUACAGAAUUAUUCAGAAAAGUAUUUCAUACUCAGCCAGAUGAUUUAGUAUCAACAUGGAAGCUGUAUAAAGAAUUCUCCAAAUUGCAGAAGGCGUUCAUUGUUUCUCAAAAGCGUGAAGCUGAACGGAGAAGAAAAAACCACGAACACAAUAGUCUUUAUGGUGGUUCUGAAACAGACGAAGAGUCAAAUGAGCCAGAUGAAGUUAAUGGCAAAAAUAAUAGGCAAUCAAUUAAUAUCAGUAAGCUUGACCUGGAGGUAGGUUUAUUAGGCCAAGCACCCCCAUCAGCAAAUAAUGGCAAUAUUCAUGAAAGAAAACAGAGUAAAUUGUUGCGUCAUUUAAGCUAUGCCAGGCAUCCUAUACCAGAACAUAAUGAAGGUAUAGAUCCAGAAUCGCCAGAAUUUCAAAAUGGAAACCUGUUACCACCACAGGAUGAAUCAUUUUUAAGACUGGAACUCAACGGCCGCAAGAAUGGGGGUUACGAUGAUACACAAGAGUACUUCCCUAUUAUGCCCGUAAAUAAUGAUAUAAAGAGAAAUAAAAAGGAGGUUUCACCUCCAGCAGUACAAGGUCAAGCUAAAAGGAAACAAAAGGGUACCACAAAUAGAAAAAGACCAAUAGUUGAUGAGCUUAUAUAUGAUCGAAGUACAGCGGAAAGAAUUCUUCUGGAGAUUCAAGGUAACUUGGUCUUCUUCCCAGCAGAUUGGUUAUGUACCGAGUUGGAUGUCGAUAACUGGUUCUACAGUACAGAUAGAAUUCCUCCCAUUGAAAUUUUUGAUUAG